UCCGUUUUUAUUAAAAAGUAUGUCUUUGCUAUAUCGGGAAAUUUAUAUAAUGUAAAUUUAAAAUGCGUCAAACGUUUAUAUUUAUAGUUGUGUUAGUGUUUUGUGCCAGCAUAUGUAUUAUAUCAGCGAAAGAAAAUGUUAAAUUAGUAUAUGAUCCAAAAUUCGCAAAUUAUAUUUCAGCGAGCACAAUUGUAAAUAAAGAGCUUCAAAGCAAUGGAUUUGAAUUAGAAGUAGCUCAAGCAUAUGAAUGCAAAUGCAAGAAUGGCAGGUGCAUGCGAGUAUGUGAUGUUGAGAAGUCUGUACCAUGUUUGGACCAGAAGAAAGUGUGCGUCUGCAGUCCAGGGUUUGCAGAAAAGGAUGGCGAAUGCAAAUAUUGCGACUGUGGGAAAGAGUUUAACUGCACAUUCAAGCAGGGUUUCUAUGACAACGUUUGGAGAAAGACCUGCAUUUGUCCGAAAGGCUACGUUGAUUUUAUCGGCGUUUGCAAAGCUCAAUGCAGUGAUGAGCUACCUUGCCAAAAUGGAGGUGAAUGCCGUUUUAAGACAUGCUAUUGCCCAUAUGACACUAAAGGGUAUCUUUGCGAAGAACUCGUCUGCACGAAAUGUGUUAACAGGCUUGAAGUGGACUGUCUCUACAACCGGAAUCAGCAAACUUCCAUCUGUAGUUGCAAGAAUUCCUCCCUUUUCUACGAUUACGACGCAAGUAUAUGCAAACCAUGCACAUGUGUAAACGGAAAUUGUGAAUACGAAAUAAAUACCUUUUCAAAGCAACUAAAAUGUCGUUGCAAUCCUGAUUACAAAGAAUAUAAAGGUUACUGCAAAAAAUGCAAUUGCGGAUUUGGCGGCGUAUGUGAUUUUAGCUUUAGAGGGGAAAAGAUCUGCCAUUGCGAAGAAGGCUAUUACGAAAGAGAAGGCUACUGUCUCCCUUGUAACUGUUUUGGUUAUAGAGACGUAGAUACCAAAUGUGAGGUGAUUGACAACGUGAAACACUGCCUCUGUCCGGAAGGGUUCCAUGAUGUCCUUGGAUAUUGCGAAGACAUCAACGAAUGCGAAACUAAUAACACCUGCCACCCUUCAACGAUAUGUUACAAUACCUUCGGCAGCUUCUAUUGUCAAUGUCCCGACGGUUACGAAGGGUCUCUCGACACUAAAGCGGUACCAGGAGAAGUUUGUGAAGAUAUUGACGAGUGCAGAUCACACGAUUCGUGCAAAUAUUAUGAUCACGUAAAAUGUGUCAACUUUCCCGGUUCUUACAAGUGCGAAUGUUUCCAAGGAUAUAAGCCGAGCAGCUAUUCUCUCGAUCCCAGUAAAACUACAUGCGUGAAGGCGAAAAAGUCAUUUGUUCCUGCAUUGAUUGUGCUUGUCGUAACCAUUGUUCUUAUCGCCAUGUCAAUAAUCGCUCAUUUUUACGUGAAACGCAGGGCAGCCAGUUUAAGUUGAAUAACUGAUCGAUGUUGGCUGAUGGUACCUUACAGAGCUUCAUUUUGCAAUUCAUCUGCGCACUCACUAAUUGCAUUUGUAAAUUGACCUAGCUUAUUUUGUU